UGCAAUGAGCGCGCUAUCCUGACCCACACCUCCGAUCCACAAACUCAAACCCUGUUUGCAUGCGCUUAAUUCCCACAUUUAAGAAAAGGAAGUCGUGUAAUCGUAUAAAUGUAGUUUUUCCAUUUUGGGACUUUAUAGACAGAUUUAAUAGCUUUUAUAAAGUUCUCAUCAGUUUGAACACUGAGGAUGCGCAACAGAAUGACGGAAUUUUCUACACGGAAAAGAAGCGCUUUGGAUGUUUUUGUGUGUUUGUGUUUGGUUUCUUUGGUUUAUUCCUUCAACAUUGACUUACAACAUCCCGUGGUGUUCCGAGGACCAGAUGCGACGUUUUUUGGAUAUUCGGUGCUGGAGCACGUCCAUGACAACACACGCUGGAUUGUGGUUGGGGCUCCCAGAGCAAACUCAUCAUUCAGCAGUUCGGUUCAAUCACCUGGAGCUGUAUACAAGUGCCGAAUCCGCAACAACCCAGAGCAACGCUGCACUGAGAUGGACCUCGGCAGAGGUGUGUAUCUCACACACAUCCAGAGUACACAUGCAGUAGCUCUUACUUUACCUGAUCAGGGUGGUCUGAUUGGAGGCAAGGACAUUUACAGCACUGAUAUGUUCAAAUCAAAGAAGUUGAGGGAGCGAUGCCAUGUUAUAGUGGAAGCUGUAAUCAUGGCCUGCGCUCACCGCUGGAAGAAUGUAUACUAUGAAUCGGAGUAUAUCCUCCCUCACGGAUACUGCUCCGUCAUCCCAGCCACUCUGCAGGGCAAGUCACAGCCUCUCAUACCAUGUUAUGAAGACCAUAAGAAGACCUAUGGGGAAGAACAUGGCUCGUGCCAAGCCGGGAUCGCAGGCGUUUUCACUGAGGAGCUGGUUAUCAUGGGUGCGCCUGGUUCUUAUUACUGGACCGGAACAGUCAAAGUGUUUAACAUGACAUCCAAUACUCACUACAACCUUAAUCAAGACAACCUGAGUCCUCGCAGAUACAGUUACCUCGGGUAUGCUGUGACAGCUGGUCACUUCUCUUCCCCGAAUACCAUAGACGUGGCAGCUGGUGCUCCUCAAGACAGUGGUAUGGGCUCUUACUUUGGCUCCUCAUUGUGUGCAGUUGACCUAAACGCGGACGGACUGUCGGACUUGCUGGUGGGAGCACCCAUGCACAGCGAGAUCCGGGAUGAAGGCCAGGUUUCUGUUUACCUCAGCAGUGGCAAUGGAGUGAUGGAGGAAGUUGCUAUACUGAAUGGUGAUAAUGCAUACAAUGCUCAUUUUGGAGAGUGUAUCACAUCUCUUGGGGACAUUGAUGAAGAUGGCUACCAAGACUGUACAAUAACAUCAGCUAAAACUGGUAGCCCUUUCAAAGAGGAUGACUAUGGAGGAGCUGUCUACAUCUACCAUGGUGAUGCUACAGGAAUAGUUAAGAAGUAUUCAAUGAGAUUGUCUGGGCGAAGCAUCAACCCCACCCUCCAAAUGUUCGGCCAGUCAAUUUCCGGCAAUGUGGACAUGGAUGGAAACGGAUAUCCAGAUGUGACGAUAGGGGCGUUCAUGGCUGACAGUGUGGUUUUGUUAAGAUCCAGGCCGGUGAUCUCUGUGGACGUCUCCAUCUUCUUGCCCGUCUCAAUAAACAUCACAGUACCGCAGUGUCACGAGGGCCCUCCGCAUCUCAACUGCUUCAACGUCACCGUCUGCAUGAGCUUUCGAGGAAAAUAUGUACCUGGCCACAUAGAGUUACUGUACAAUCUAACCGCAGAUUCAGAUAAGAGACACAAAGGUCUGCCGCCGCGGGUGUAUUUUGGAAACGGUGGAGAGCAGACAGUUGCUGUAAGUCAGCGUUUCAGCCUGGAGAUCAACCGACAGCAGUGCCAUCAGUACACGUCCUUUGUGAGGAAAGAAGUAAAGGAUGUGUUUGCCGCCAUCGUGUUUGAAGCAGCCUACAGUUUAGGAAAACACUUUGUGGAUGGACACCAGGACCGCGACCUUCCCUCGCUCACUCCUGUUCUACGCUGGAAAAAAGGAGAGAAGAUCGCUGCAAAGAAUGAGACGUGGUUUGAGAAGAACUGUCUGUCAGAGGACUGCGCAGCUGACCUGAGGCUUCAUGGGAAACUGCUGCUUUCUGGGCGGUACAUCAGUUCUCAUCUGGCUCUUGGUGGAGUGAGAAACGUCUCGUUAAAUUUAACCAUCUCUAAUGCUGGAGACGACGCCUACGACACCAACAUCUACUUCAACUUCUCCAGAGAGGUUCACUACAUCAACUUCUUACAAAGAGAAGAGAAGGGCAUUUCCUGUAUGCUGGUAGAGCUGGACUUCCUCAAGUGCAGCAUUGGAUUUCCUUUCAUGAGAGCGCAAACCAAGUACCAUCUAUCGGUGCUUUUCGACACAAGUCAUCUGUCUGGUGAAAAUGAGACGCUGCUAUUUUUAGUUCAUGCUAGAAGUGCCAAUCCAGAACAUGAUAGCACACUUCAUGAUAACACAUUGGAGUUGUCCAUACCGCUGGUACAUGAGGUGGACACAGCAAUCACAGGCGUGGUCUCGCCUACGUCUUUUGUGUAUGGAAACUCAGUGGACCGAUCACGCUUCGUUCAGCUGGACGACAUGGAGUGCAGCUUUCAGCCGCUCAACUUCACCUUUCAGGUGAUAAACAAUGGACCCAGCAGACUUCCAGGCUCCACGGUGGACAUCAGGAUACCCAACCGCCUAGCUGGUAACGGAGCAGAUAUGUUCCAUAUCAUUGACACACAAGUAUCAGAAGGUCGAGGGAACUGCACGUGGCACAGGAACCCCAAACCCUGCACAAUCCCACAGGACAAGGAGAGCAUCUUCCACACCAUUUUUGCUUUCUUCACCAAAUCUGGCAGAAAAGUUCUGGACUGUGACCGGCCUGGCAGAGCGUGUCUAACUAUUUCCUGCAGUCUGAGCUCUCAGGCUAAAGAAGAAGCCACGAGUAUAGAUGUGCGAAUGCUACUAAACACUGAAAUACUACAGAGGGACAGCUCCUCUGUGAUCCAGUUUGUGACACGAGGUCACGUCCAGCUGGACGACAGGGCCGUGGAGGUCUCAACCGGACUUCCAGAGGAGAUUUCUCUGGUGUUUGAGGCCCUUCACAGUCAGGAGCCCAGGGGUUACGUUGUGGGAUGGAUCAUCGCCAUCAGCCUCCUCGUGGGAAUCCUCAUCUUCCUGCUGCUGGCGGUGCUGCUCUGGAAGAUGGGAUUCUUCAGGAGGCAUUACAGAGAGAUCAUAGAGGCCGAAAAGAACAGGAACGACAGCGAUGAAAGCUGGGAUUGGGUCCAGAAGAGCCAAUGAAUGCUUGGACUGGGUUCAGAAAAUCCAAUAAGCUGCUACCUUCACCACGGCAAGACCCAGACCC